AAGCAAAACACAAUCGUCUACCAAACGUUAAACUUUCCCCCUUUCGUUCCCACACGCGACGAGUUUGUAUAUACACCACCUCAGUCGACUGCUCUCGUCUACCUGCAGGUUCUAUAGAACACUACGUACUAUUUCGAUUCAUCGCACCACCUUUCCGAUACACCCCGCCCUGUCUCGAUACGCAGCAAAACAGCCCCCUGCGACUCCUGCGAUCGCACAUCACCCUUCCCCGUAUUGUCCGGUCCCUUCAACCUAUAACAUUGAUUUGUAACUUCGAGGCCGCCGGGCCUAGAGAGGCCAGCAACCGCAAAUAUGGCGACCAAUAACACCGUCAAAGUGGUUGCACGGUUUAGGCCGCAAAACAAAGUUGAAAUCGCAAGUGGAGGAGAGCCUAUCGUAAGGUUCGAGAGUGAUGACACAUGUGCUAUCAAGUCGCAAGAGGCCUCAGGGUCGUUCACCUUUGAUCGAGUGUUCGGAAUGGACUCUCGGCAGACCGACGUCUUCGAUUUCUCUAUCAAGCAUACCGUCGACGAUAUCCUACAAGGUUAUAAUGGCACAGUCUUUGCAUACGGUCAAACCGGUGCUGGUAAAUCCUAUACCAUGAUGGGUGGUGAUAUCGACGACGAUGAGUCGAAAGGUAUUAUCCCACGAAUAGUAGAGCAGAUCUUCGCCAGCAUCAUGGGAAGCUCAGCCAAUAUCGAAUACACCGUCCGUGUGAGCUAUAUGGAGAUCUACAUGGAAAGAAUUCGGGAUCUGCUAAGGCCGACAAGUGACAAUCUGCCGGUACACGAAGAAAAGAAUCGAGGUGUAUAUGUCAAGGGUCUGGUGGAACUAUAUGUCUCCAGUGUGGGCGAAGUUUACGAGGUGAUGCGAAGAGGUGGUCAAGCCCGAGCCGUCGCAGCCACAAACAUGAAUCAGGAAUCUUCGCGAUCGCAUUCCAUUUUCGUAAUCACCGUCACCCAGAAAAAUGUUGAUACCGGAUCUGCCAAAACUGGUCAGCUCUUCUUGGUCGACUUGGCUGGAAGUGAAAAGGUUGGAAAGACAGGUGCUAGUGGGCAGACUCUAGAGGAAGCAAAGAAGAUCAACAAGAGUUUAAGUGCUUUAGGAAUGGUCAUCAACUCCUUGACCGACGGGAAAUCUACGCACAUUCCAUACCGAGAUUCUAAAUUGACUAGAAUUCUGCAGGAAUCGCUCGGUGGUAACUCUCGGACGACACUCAUUAUUAAUUGCUCGCCGAGUAGCUACAACGAUGUUGAGACAGUCAGCACUCUGAGAUUUGGCGAACGGGCAAAGGCUAUCAAGAAUAAGGCCAAGGUUAACGCCGAGUUAAGUCCUGCAGAGCUGAAGGCACUUUUGAAGAAGGCUCAAAGUGAGGUCAUGUCCUAUGAAACAUAUACCGCCUCUCUCACCGAUGAAAUUCAACUCUGGCGCGGUGGAUCAAGUGUUCCCCAGGAUCAAUGGGUGCCGGCAUUCGAGAAAGGCUCAACUGCUCCAAAGAGAGACACCAGGCCUCGAUCGGACACGCCGUCUAAGCAAAUAGCGGACGUGCGGCGGAUGGAAACGCCCUCAAGGCCAGAUUCCCGAAUGGAGAUUGACCGAGCUGGCACACCCAGCGCCAUGCUAGAGAAGGACGAGAAGGACGAAUUCUUACGGCGCGAAAACGAGUUCCAAGAUCAGCUCGCCGAGAAGGAAAGUGCACUUGCCAACUCAGAGGCGACCUUAAGGAGUCUUAGGGAAGAACUGCAAUUCCUAAGGGAGCGCGAGGGCAAGAGCGGAAAGGAGAAUGAGCGUCUCGUGGGUGAAGUGAAUGAGUUGAAGAUGCAGGUGGAAAAGAUCCAUUUCGAGACCAAGGAACAGAACAUCACUAUGGACGGUCUCAAGGAGUCCAAUGCAGAACUCACAUCAGAGCUGGACGAAGUGAAGCAGCAGCUCCUCGACGCAAAGAUCGCAGCCAAAGAAGCUGGCGUCCAGCUCGAUGAGAAAGAGAAAAAGAAGGCCGAACGUAUGGCUCAGAUGAUGGCUGGUUUCGAUCUGGGCGGUGAUGUCUUCAGCGACAACGAGCGUAAUCUUCGGAAGAUCAUCGAGCAAGUUGAUUCUUUAUACGAGGUCAGUGCAUCAGGCGAGGCUGUAUCACCGGACCACUUCCAAGACCUCCGACAGAAGUUGCGUGAAACCCAGGGUAUCGUGAGGCAAGCCGAGCUGUCUGUCACCCAACGAGGUGAACAAGAUGACGCUCAUGUACAGAGGCAUGAGACACUGGAGCAACGACUAUCCACCAUCCAGCGGGAGUACGAAGAGUUACUGGAGGGUAAGCUAGGUGACGGCGACGUCGAAGCGAUUAGAUCGAAGCUUGCAGACGCCUAUACUGCCAGACAGGAAGGCGACAACGAACACACCAAAGGUCUCAAGCAGGAUAUACAACAUAAGCUGCAAGAGAACCAGCAACUGCGAUCAGAGAACGAGAGUCUUCAACAGCGAUUGAAGAGUAGCGGUGUGAUGAAUGGUGUCGCGGCCGGCGGGUCCAAUGGAAAGACCGUUCAGCAACAGAUUGCCGACUUUGAUAUCAUGAAGAAGAGUCUGAUGCGUGAUCUCCAGAAUCGUUGCGAGAGGGUCGUCGAACUCGAGAUUUCUUUAGACGAGACCCGGGAGCAGUACAACAACGUUCUUCGCUCUUCCAACAAUAGACAACAACAAAAGAAGAUGGCUUUCCUCGAGCGCAACCUGGAGCAACUCACCGUGGUUCAGCGACAGCUUGUCGAGCAGAACAGCGGCUUGAAGAAAGAAGUUGCCAUCGCAGAGCGUAAACUCAUUGCUCGAAACGAGCGAAUUCAAAGUCUCGAGGCUCUCCUUCAGGACAGCCAGGAGAAACUGACUGCUGCCAAUCACCGAUUCGAAGUUCAACUCCAGGGAGUCAAAGAGCGUCUCGAAGCUGUAAAAGCGAACUCAACCCGCGGUCUCGGCGGCCUCGGCUCCCCAACGUCCAAUGCGUCGUUUGCGUUUGGUGGCGGCUCACGCAUAGCUAAGCCGCUGAGAGGAGGUGGUGGUGCCGGCGCUGGGCAAUCGACAGAAUAUGCUGCGCAACCAGCACUUGCCGGUGUACAAGCUCAAGAAGCAGGAAACUCCGGGAAGCGCAGCAGCUGGUUCUUCAACAAGACUUCGUGAGUGUGCCGUGGAGCUGAUGAUACCCUAGGCUGCGAUGGAAGCUCGGAAGAAGUGUGAAUAGAGCAUACUGGAGGAUGGCGUCGAGAUGAGCAAACGAAAUGUCUACAUUGAUGGCUUGCGGAUACGAUGGCGUGGAAUGCUGCAUGUUGCAUUCCCUGUAUGAAGACUGACUGCGAUGCUUUUUCCUUGCAUAUGAUUCCCUCCCUAUGCGCAUGUUGCGUAUUGAGGCUUUCUGACCUUCAGAAGAUUUGGUGGCACCGCGCUUGGUUGGUACCGGGACUUGUUUUCUACAUAGCAUACAUUGGACGCGACUUGAUGGACGAAAAUAGAUCAUCUUUAGACAAGACUGAUCAUGUGGUCGCUGCACAAUCAUCUCACACUGUGCCUGAUACCCG